AUGGAAGCAUUUAUUCAUUCUCUGGAUGUCAGAAUGUGGGAAGUUGUUUCUAACAAGUAUGAUGUACCAUCUAUUGUACCUACUAAUGCAGAUGAAAGGACGAAAUAUGAACUGGAUAAGAGAGCUCGCUUUGCAAUUCUUUGUGGGUUAUCAAAAGAAGUAUUUGUUAAAGUAAUGUACUUCAAAUCAGCCAAUGAGUUUGAUGAUUUGAAAAUGAAUAAUGAUGAGACAAUGGCAAGUUAUUUUCUUCGUAUUGAUGAAGUUGUAAAUGCUCGAAAAGGUCUUGGUGAAGAAAUUGAUGAACAUGAUGUGGUUGCAAAAGUAAUUAGAACAUUAUUACCAAAAUUUGAAACUAAAAUAUCUGCUCUUGAAGAGAAGAAAAAUUUCUCUAAAAUGACUGUGCAUCAGCUUCAAAGUACUCUUACUGCUUAUGAGAUGAGAAUUGGUAAUACCCCUUCUACCUCUAAGGAAACAGCUUUUAAAAUUGAGAAACAGGAAGAGAGUGAGUCUGAAUUAUCUGAUGUUUUUGAAACUUUAUUGGUUAGGAAACUUGGGAAGAAGUUUCAAGGAAAGUUUAAAUGUUUUGGCUGUGGUAAAACCGGUCACUUUGCAGCAAAAUGUCCGUAUUUAGAUCUAAGUAAAGAUGAAGAUAAAUCUGAAAAAUCGUUUAAAAAACCUUGGAAUCCUAAUAAAAGGUUGAACAAUUUUAAAAAGAAGAGUCUUAUUUCAAAAGAAGAGACUAAAGAUGAAUCUGAUGAGUUAAAUGUUGAUGGUUGUGAAACACUAUUCAUGACCAAAGUUGAAUUUGAAAACCCAGUUGCAGUAAAAUCUGAAUCAGAUUCUGAAGUUGAAAUAGAAGAUGUAAAUCUCGAAGAAGAACUUCUUUGUGCUCUUCAAGAAGUAAAAAGAUUUAAGAAACUUGUAAUUUCUUAUGAAGAUUCCAAUCAGAUCUUACAACUUGAUAUAGUAAAUGCAAACAAGGUUAUUGAAACUCAAAGAAGUCUUAUUGAAAGAAAAGAACAAGAAAUUAGUACUCUACAAAAACAAGUAUACACUCUUGAAAAACAACAACAUUCUACUGAAAAAGGAGAAACGUCACAUCAGAAUUCUGUAAUAGCAAACAAAAAUCAGUUUCCAAAUAACAGAUUUUUCCAUGGCUAUUGUCGUUUUUGUAAUCUGUUUGGGCAUAAAUGGAUGUUCUCAUCAUAUGACAGGAGACAAAAACAAGUUUUCAGCUUAGAAAAUCAUCCAGGAGGUUUUGUUAUAUUUGGUGAUAAUACAGGUCUAUACAUUACUGGAAUGGGAACAGUCAUGAUAAACAAAGACACUCCUAUAAAUGAUGUCUAUUAUGUUGAAGGAUUAAAGUAUAACUUGCUAAGCAUUAGUCAGAUUUGUGAUAGUGGACGUCAAGUUGUGUUUAAUUCUUACGGAUGUGUGAUUAAAGAAAAGUCAGGGAAAAUAAUUGCAAAUGGUUUCAGAACACAUGGUAAUUUGUAUCAUUUGUCAGACUCCAAAUAUCAAGAACAAAGUGCAGGCAUGUGUCUUAUGAGUUAUAUAGAUGAAAAUUGGUUAUGGCAUAGGAGAUUUGGUCAUGUUAAUUUCGAUAAUAUGGUCAGAAUCAGCAAAAAUAAAAAUGUUCGAGGUCUACCUUUGAUCAGUAGGCCUACAAACUCUGUUUGCAGUGAAUGUGUAAAAGGCAAACAAACUAAGUCAUCUUUCAAAUCUAAGGAGUUUCUAUCCUCAAGGCCACUAGAAUUAGUUCACACAGAUUUGUGUGGUCCUACGAAAACACAGUCACUGAAUGGUGAAAAAUAUUUUAUGUUGUUCGUAGAUGACUACACCAGAAUGGUAUGGGUAACUUUUCUCAAGCAUAAGUCAGAGGCUUUUGUUAGGUUUAAAAUAUUUAGAAAAAUGAUUGAAAAAGAGUCUGAUUUGAAACUAAAAUGCCUAAGAUCAAAUAAGGGAGGUGAGUUCACUUCUCAAGAUUUUGUUGAGUAUUGCGAAAAUCAUGGGAUUAAAAGACAGUACUCUGCUGCUCGGACUCCCCAACAAAAUGGGGUAGUUGAAAGAAAAAACAGAACUGUAAAAGAAAUGACAAGAACUAUGCUUAAUGAAUCUAAUCUGUCUGAUAAAUAUUGGAAAGAAGUUGUUCAUACAGCUGUAUAUAUUUUAAAUAGAGUACAAAUCAGAAUAAGAACAACUUGCACUCCUUAUGAGCUAUGGUAUGGAAAAAUAGCAUCUGUCAAGCAUUUUAGAAUCUUUGGUUGUCAGUGUUUUAUCAAGAAUGAUUUUGAAAAUCUUGAUAGCUUUCAUGCGAAAUCUGAUGAAGGAAUUUUUUUAGGUUAUUCUUCAAACAGCAAAGCAUACAAGUGUUUUAAUAAACGCUUGAAUAAAAUUGUUGAAUCUGUUAAUGUAUUUUUCAAUGAAAAUCAGAAUGUGAUGAAAAAUCAGAUUCAAGAUGAUGAUGAGGAAUCUAAUUUAGAAGUUGGCAAUGCCUCAACAUCAAAGGAACCAGUCAUGACCAAAGAAGAUGAAACUAGCUCAAGUAACCAAGAGGAAGUUCCUAACUUUAAGGAAGAUAUACCUCAGAAAACACCUUCCAAGAUAAUUGCUAAACGACAUCCUGAAACACUUGUGAUUGGUGAUAAAGAUGCUGGGUAUACUGAUGCUAACUGGGGAGGCUGUAUUGAUGAUCGACGUAGUACUAGUGGUGCAGCUUUCUUCCUUGGUGACUGGUUGGUUUCUUGGCACACCAAGAAGCAAGACUGUGUCACUUUGUCCACAGCUGAAUCUGAGUAUAUUGCUGCCACAGCUUGCUGUGAAAUCCUUACCACUCUACCAGUCAUGGAAAAUACUCAGACCCAAAACGGCAAUUCUGUCUGUUAUCCUGCCCCACCCAAAACGAGAUAUAACGUUUUCAUCAAUCACCUCGGAGCCGACGUGAAAGAAACCCUAGCGAGUCUCAUUUAUCACAAUCUCCAAAACAAGGGCUACAAUGCCUUCUUAGACAAGAAAUCUAUUCAGGUGGGAAAGAGAAUACCCAAAUCAAUAGUGGGGGCUAUUCACACAGCUUCUGUGCACGUAGCCAUUUUCUCAGCCAACUAUGCAAACUCAACAUGGUGUCUGAAGGAACUCUAUCUUAUGCUCAAAAGUGGGGCACCAAUAGUUCCUGUUUUCUGCGGAGUUCAGCCUUCGGAGCUUCGUAUGAAAGAUGAAGACGGAGAAUAUGCUCGAGCUUUCCAGGUGCACAAGGACACAGGAAAAAUCAGGCCUCAAAAGCUUGAGAAAUGGAAGAAGGCUCUGCGUAAAGUUUCACGUAUAGAAGGCUAUAUUUUCAAGGGGGACCAAGGUGUUUUGCUGGAAGAAAUUGCAACAACUGUAGUUAAAUAUAUUAACGUUGCCAAACGUCUCAAACGUUAA